AUGAGACAGAAUGGAGUGGAUUUUCGAUUUAAAAGUUGGUCUAGGCUUUCAUCGAACAAAACAACAAAAUCUAUGGAUUUUGAAAGAACAUCAGAAGAUGAGGGAAUCAUCCAUGUUUCAGGGAAAAUAGGACAAAAAUCAAAGAAAAUGAGUGCAUCUAAGGGAAAACGGGCAGUUUCUGCAGCAGAACGACUUCCUUCAGAGCUUAUUUUGUCAAUUUUCAAGUAUAUUUCGUCAGGAACAGAUAUGCAGUCAUGUCUUCUUGUAUGCUGGUCAUGGUGCCACUGUAGUAUUGAAAGCCUUUGGUACAGGCCAUUUUUGUAUCAGUCGUCUAGUCUCAUAAAGUUUUGCAAUACAUUAUGUCGAAAAAACUUAUCAUUUAAUUACGCACAACUUAUCCGCCGACUUAAUUUAAGCUAUGUAUGCGAUUAUGUUUCGGAUCAGUAUCUUUCGAAGCUUGAUAAAUGCACACUGCUUGAAAGGUUAACGCUUAUUGGUUGUAAACGAGUUACAGAUAAGGGCAUUUGUGACAUUUUAUCCAGAAAUCCAAAUCUUCUUGCAUUAGAUUUUACUGGAUUGGAACUCAUUACAAAUAAAACACUGUUUUGUAUUGCAAAGUAUCAGAAGAAUUUGCAAGGCCUUAAUCUUACGAAUUGCAAAAAUAUCACAGACGAAUCAAUCAUAGCAAUAGCACAUUCUUGUUCUAAUUUACGCAGAAUUAAGCUAAAUGGGUGCCAUUUAAUAACUGACCUUUCAAUAUUAUCAUUAGCAUCCAGAUGUCCAUCUUUACUUGAAAUGGACCUUGAUAACUGUUUCGAGAUUACAAAUCAAUCAGUAGAAGCUGCAUUUACUAGAUUAAAUUAUUUAAGGGAAUUAAGACUUGCACAGUGCACAUCGAUAACUAAUGAACUUUUCCUAAACAUGGGAAAUGAAAGAUAUGAGCAUUUACGUAUAUUAGAUUUAACCUCUUGUACACGAAUUACAGACGACUGUAUUUAUCAUAUUUCUGUUGCAAUUCCAAAACUCAGGAAUCUAAUCCUUGCAAAAUGUUCCAACAUUACAGACAGAGGUGUAAUGUAUAUCGCUAGAUUGGGAAAAAAUAUCCAUUUUCUACACCUAGGCCAUUGCAGUGCUAUCACAGAUCGUAGCAUUAUAUAUCUUAGUCGGUAUUGUUCUCGACUACGUUAUCUUGAUUUAGCAUGUUGUAUUCAACUUACAGAUCUCUCAAUUUGUGAAUUAGCAUCUUUACCUAAAUUAAAAAGAAUCGGACUUGUUAAAUGUGCAAAUAUAACAGAUUUGUCAAUUUUUGCUCUUGCUAACCAUAAAACAACUGAAAAUGCAUUAGAACGUAUUCACCUUUCAUAUUGUGUCAAUCUUACAUUACACGCUAUUCUUGAAUUAUUAAAUACAUGUAAAAAGCUUACACAUUUAAGUUUAACAGGUGUUUCGCAAUUUUUGCAGCCAGAAUUUACGCAAUUUUGUCGACCAUCACCUAGAGAUUUUAAUCCUCACCAGCAAGCCGUAUUCUGUGUUUUUAGUGGAUCUGGUGUAACUAAAUUACGAAAUCAUUUAAACAAUUUAACAAAAGAAGCUAAAAUUAGAACUCAAUUCCAGCAUUUGGCAUUAGAAGAAACUUAUGGAGAAAACAAUAUAAAUAAUUACAAUAUUCCAAACGAAACACAAGAAAUUUUUGAAUCAUUUGCAUAA